GAAUUUUAAAUCACAAAGGCUUGUAGGUUACAUUUGCCCAUAAUUUUUGUUGGUGUAUUUGGUUGUUAUUCCUUGUUUAAAGGAGUUUCCUUUUUAAGUUUAAACACUGUCAAUAGCGACGUGUUGAAAAUAUAACCCUGAUAAAAUCACCUACCCAUGCGUCAAAAGGUUUUUUAAAGCAUAUAAAACUAUUUAACCGAGUUAGAAGACCCAAACUUUGUGAUCACAAUUUCCGAAUACUUUCCACAGGAUAUUGGCCAAGUCUUGGGUAACAAGAAACUUGGGAACUCAGCCAGCCUACUUACAAUGUCUGAAUAAAGCCCAGACGUGUUUCGACUGACUGGAUUCAAGGAUGGCUGAACAUAAGGCAGAGGGUGAUGGAGGAGGAAAUAUGGAGGAUCUGCCUGCUGGACAACUUCCUGCGGAGAUGGAGAGCUGGUCUACCGAACAUGUCAGAAAGUGGACUCUUGAGUUGAAAAAUAUAGGUGAAGAAUGUGCUAAUAUAAUGUACCAGCAGAAAAUUAAUGGAGAAAGUCUUUUACUUUUGGACAAAUCUGAUUUGAUGGGAACAGGUAUUCCAUUGGGUCCAGCAAAACUGAUAAUUCAUAAGAGGGAUGAACUUGUGAAACUCAAAGCUGAGAUGUUAAAUUAUCCUGGAGUUCAGGCAGGGGGUCCGUGCAAGCCUUACCCUUUCAAUCGAUUUCAUGAAGCUUACAGAUACAGGAUUAACAGCUGUCUCGACAUACCAGAGUCAGGGGCAUUAGAUUUGAUUGAGCCAUGUCAUGAAUUUAAAGCAUACAUCAAUACAGUCGACGCGACAAAAGAAGCUAAAAUGAAGAAAUUCACUGACGAUGUCAUGUGUUUUGCAACAGCUUGUAUGAACAGUCGAACAAAUGGCACCAUUCACUUUGGCGUAGGGGACUUGCCAGAUUUUAGCCAUGGUCAGAUUCUAGGCUUUAGUGUUGAAGAUAAAGAGUCUUUUGGGAAAGCUUUACAUGACAUGAUUGAGGGCCACUUUGAACAUAAACAUGUGGCGGCAGCAAAGAAGUGCAUCAAGCCACCUCGAUUUGUCGAGGUGCUUCAAUCUGAUAUGACAUCUUCAGAGAACUAUGUCAUGGAGGUUGACAUAGAACCGACAUUUUCAGUCUGUGAAGAGAACUUCUUCCAUGUCUACAACAUGGACUCACGAAAGUCAAAAAGAAGCAAGAGCAAAGAAUCUAGGGAAGAUGCAAAAGAAUUCAAGUCUUUCUACAUUCGAGACAACAGUAGCAGCAGAGAUCUUCUUAGGCAAAACACUCAGUCCAAGCCUCUGGAGGAGUACACUAAAUACAAUGAAAAUAUAUCAAAGCUGUCACAGGAAAGAAAGGAAGCUGAAGAAAAGCGCCUUUCCAUUGCUAGAAAUAGCGUUCAGGGUUCCAAGUUGUGUGAAAUGAUAACUGGUGGAUCACAUUCUUUGGAUACAUCCCAUUUUGAAAGGUACAUACUUGUAACCAACAAAUCGCAUCCAGUCCAACUCGAUUCCUUGAGUUUCCUUUUAGACAUGAACCUGACUGCAGUCUUGGACUUUGAUCCAGAGUCUUCAGAGAAAGGUUUAAAGAAGUUUUUUGAAGAUCGAAACACAAAUGUCCAUUCUCCAGUGCAGUACAAAAUCACUGAAGCAGUAGAGGACAUCGCAAGCAAAUUGAAACUGACCAGAAUCACCAGCUGGAUUUUCUGCAAUGGUGACAUCAGUGGAGAGGAGCCCUCGGACAUAAACUCCUGGUCAACAGAAAAAGGAGCUUCUGUUCGAGAUGUCGUUUCCUUCUUGUGUCGAGGUGAAGUCCUACCUCCCAAGAGAUUCCUUGUCAUAUUUCUGCUGCUGUCUGAUGUCAUCGAUAGCAAGGACCCUUUGCUUGAGAUCUUCAAUACCUUCCGGCAAGAGCUCAGAGGACCACACCAAAUCCUGUGCAUCUGUGAGAAUGACCGAUCUUUCAUCUCUUGGAAGGAGCUUAUUGAAGCUCGCUAUGGAGACAACAUUUCAAACAGAUGCAUUUCUGAGCUCAGCUUUGCAGAGAUAAAUGGCACUGUUCUCAGUCUGUGGUCCAGUAACCGUCGCUCAAGCAGAUUUUUACCUUCCGGUGGAGGCAGCAAAGUUAUGUUAACAAAGAAAAUUGAGGGCUGCUUGGACACCCUGGAUAUUCUGUGUGUCAAUCAAUGUGAAGGGGGUAAUGACGAUAAGCUGUCAAUCCAGGAGAAUUUUUACAAAGGAGGGAAGGUAUCAUGGUGGAACUUCUACUUCUCUGAGGAACCUGGAUCUACACCAUUCAUCAAGCGAGACAAAUUUGAUUACAUAAUUGACACGAUCAUUCCAGAUCUGUGUUCCUUGACAAGACCUUGUGCGCUCUUCAACAUAAUGCAUCUCCCAGGCUGUGGUGGUACCACUCUUGCAAUGCAUGUUUUAUGGACACAGAAAGAGAAAUUCCGCUGUGUUGUUCUGAAGGACAGAGCAGCAGAUCCGGAUGAUGUUGCCAAGCAGGUGGUACAGCUGCUGACCUAUGAGGCAACGGAACAGUCUACUGGGCUCCCUAUAUUACUGAUGGUCGAUGACUUUGAAGAAAGGGAUGCAGUAUAUUGUCUGCAGCAGAGCAUUGAAAGAGCAUGCCCAAGGAAGAGCACUGGUGGCACCAAUCCCCAAGUCAUCAUACUCUGUUGCAUGCAAACUGAGUUCUGGGGUCGGCAUGAGGCAACAGUAGACACUGUCUUCAUUGGGAAUAAACUAUCAGAGCCAGAACAGAAACUCUUCCAAAAUAAGCUUGGGGAAAUGAAGAAGACAUACAAGAAUGUUGAAACAUUCUAUGGCUUCAUGAUCUUAAAAGAGAACUUCUCACCAGAGUAUAUAAAGAGAGUGGCCAAAAACACCCUGAAGAGCUUUAACAUCAACCAAAAGCAAGCCCAACUCAUUGCUGUGAUGGUCCUUUUGAAUUUCUAUUGCAAAAAUCCACCCCUUUCUGUUGCUCUGUGCGAAACAUUCUUGGGUCUUCCAACCAAGCCAAAGUUCGGGUCUUGUAAAGUACAGGAUGGCUUUGGGAAAUUCUCCCCACUUGUAACUUGUUGCACUGUCCAGGCCAAAGUGGUCUUCAAUGCUGUGAGAGUAAUUCAUCCAAGCAUGGCUAAGCAUUGUUUGGAAGAGUUGACGACUACCCACAGUAUAUCAAAAGCAGAGAUUGCCAACCUUCUGCUGACCACAGACCAGUUUUAUGAUUGUCUUCAGGGGAAAGAGAAACUUCUACAAGAUGUCCAUGCCAUGCUGGUGAAAAGAUAUCACUCACCAGAGAUUGAAGAGACCCAGUUCUCACCGCUCAUCCACGCUAUUAUCAAGGAGACACCAGGGUUUGAAGAAACAGUUCUGUUCAAUGCAGCCAAACGCUUUGAGAAAGAUGCAAUCAUUUCUCAGCUUCUGGCCAGGUACCACUACCUGAAGAAAAGGGAUUUCAGAGAAGCAAAAGAUUGGGCACGAAAAGCAAAAGAUCUUGAUGGAGACAGCUCAUAUAUAGCUGACACUUCUGCACAAGUCAUCAAGCAUGAACUGAGGAAUGCCAUUGUCACAAAUCAAGAUGAUCCCAUUAAACCUGACCAGCUGGGAGACUAUCUCAAGAUGGCCUGCUCUGCCAUAGAUGCUUUCAAAGAGACUCAAGUUAUUGCCAAGAAAGAAGUUGCUCUGAGAUCUCAGCGCAAAAAAGACUACACACCCUACAACAUCAGUGGACGUCAUGGAGAAAUUCAGGUGGCAGUGAUGGUUAUUGAAGUCCUAGAGAAAAUUCCAGUUUUUUCCCUUGAUAAACUUAGGCGAAGUAUACUAAGUCACAUCCUCUCAGGCAAAAUACCUAUCCAAGCUGUUGCCAGUAAUGAUCGCAUGAGACACAAGAAUGCAUCUUACUACCAUGUCCUACAGAACUUUGAGCCAUUUUUGCAGAACAUCAAGGACAACAUGAGAGUUUUAUGCACCCUAUGUUGA